UUCAGGCUAGAAUAUACAGCUUUUGCCUUGGAUUCACUAUAACUUUCGGAGCAUUGUUUUCCAAGACAUGGAGAGUUUACCGUAUCUUUACUAAUAAGAAACCGAUUCGAAUGCGAAUUAAAGACCAACAACUCUUUGCAGUCAAUGGUCUUCUUGUUUGUGUAAUUCUAGCUGUACUUAUAGUGUGGGAAUUUAUUGGUGCAGAAACGGUACACGUGAAACUCUUGGAGAAGGAGAUAUAUCAUACGUCCGACGGGACAAGUAUUCAACCUUUUGUACGGGUAUGUCAUUCUGAGAAGUCGCAGUAUUUUAAUUGGACAUUACGUGUUAUACAAGGAACAUUACUGACAUUCGGGGCUUUUCUUGCAUGGGAAACAAGACGUAUACGACUUGAAGCAUUGAACGACUCUCAGAGGAUAGGUCUAUGUCUCUACAAUGUUGUCGUUCUAAGCGCUGUUGGUGUGACAUUGACCUUGCUUUUAGAGGACCAGGAAGUACUAUUGUACGGUAUUACAUCCGGGUUUCUAAUAUUUGGCACCACUACAACACAGCUGAUUAUUUUUAUACCAAAAAUCCAAGCAAUUGCGAACAAAGUUGAGGUAAGGACUGUAUCAACUGUUGCUGCCAGGAAUGCUAUCCGUGUACAACCCUCAAUUUCUGCCUGGAAUAACACAAUAGAUUCAUAGAGACCUUCAUUGUACCAAGAUGACAUUUAAAUAAUCGAAGAAUAAAAUGAUCGAUAUGAUUAAGCAAGAUUGCAUGUUUACAGCAUAGAUUUACCAGAGUCAGAUCGAAUAUACUAUAAUGAGAUUGUUAUGAACGCAUUAACAACCAACUUUUAAUGUUAUUUAUAUGUUUACCACCUUAUGUUUGUAUUAUUUGACCUGUAAUGAAAGGGUUUCUUAA